CCCACAAGGCACCGGCGCAUCUGCGCAGACUCAGACGCACUGAACACUUGCCCCAUUCCCUCCUCCCUACUUUAAUGCUAGCUAAGAUGGUGGUUAGAGCGUAAAUUGUCUCCACAAUACCAAGAAAAGAAAGGGGCAAAACAUCUUUACAGCAUUUUAAUUACAACAGAACAACACACCCACGGUUACCUUGUAUGACCGCUCACGGAAAAUCCUGACAUUUCAGCGGUAUUGGCUCGCAGUCCCCGCCCAAUUUGGUGUGACUCCCUCGGAGUGGAAUCCUAAGCUAAAUACGGACAGGCCCGCGUGCUCUGUGACCAGCCUCAACACUCACCCUCGCUGCGCCAUAGGAUGUCCCACAGCCCUGAAAUGAAGGACGACCCCAUGGAGUGCCCUCUGUGCAUGGAGCCGCUGGAGAUUGAUGACGUCAACUUCUUCCCCUGCACCUGCGGCUAUCAGAUCUGCCGCUUCUGUUGGCACCGCAUCCGCACAGACGAGAACGGCCUCUGCCCCGCCUGUAGAAAGCCGUACCCAGAGGACCCCGCUGUAUACAAGCCUCUGUCACAGGAGGAGAUCCAAAGGAUAAAGAACGAGAAGAAGCAGAAACAGAACGAGAAGAAGCAGAAGGUGACAGAAAAUCGCAAACAUCUGGCCAGUGUCAGAGUGGUCCAGAGAAACCUGGUGUUCGUGGUGGGGCUCUCGCAGCGACUCGCCGACCCGGAGGUCCUAAAACGACCAGAGUAUUUUGGGAGGUUUGGGAAAAUCCAUAAAGUGGUCAUCAACAAUAGCACGUCUUACGCCGGUUCACAGGGGCCUAGCGCCAGCGCUUAUGUCACUUAUAUCCGCUCUGAAGACGCUCUAAGAGCAAUACAGUGUGUGAACAAUGUGGUUGUUGAUGGCAGAACACUCAAGGCUUCUUUAGGCACAACAAAGUACUGCAGUUACUUUCUUAAAAGUAUGCAGUGUCCCAAACCUGAUUGUAUGUAUCUACAUGAGCUGGGAGAUGAAGCGGCUAGCUUUACUAAAGAGGAGAUGCAGGCGGGAAAACAUCAAGAGUAUGAGCAGAAACUCCUCCAAGACCUCUAUAAAAUUAACCCUAGCUUUCUACAACCACCGGCAUGUGGAACAGAGAAGUCAAAGAGUAAAUCCAACUCCACACAGAGAACCAACAGUAGCAAUGGUAAAGAUGGGUGGCCGACGCUGUCAGGACAUAACAAACUGGCCAACGGGCUUUCAGAGGACCGCAAGUCUCCUCCGUUGCUAGACUAUCUAGACCAAGAAGUUAUUACUUCAGAUGGGCUAGAAACAGAGCUGGGUCCUGGUCAGCGUACUGCCUUGUCCCCCUUCUCUUCUAACUGUGACAGUAACAGUCCCAGUGACAAACCUCCAGAGUCAAUCGGAAUGGUGAAUGGCGAGACUUUACAACAGAUACCCACCAGUGACUCCCCUUCUCCUCCACCGGGUUUAACCAAACCCAGCUUGGUGGUGCCCAUCAGCGUGUCAGACCUCACAGCCCGUUCGCCCUUCGAGGGUGCGGCAGCUGAGUCCCAGUCGCUCUUUUCAGACAACAGUAACUUCAGACAUCCUAACCCUCUCCCCGCUGGCCUGCCACCCUUCCCCAGCUCCCCACGUGGCAGUUCUGACUGGCCCAUGACCCCUGAACCACAGAGCCUCUUCACAUCAGACACAAUACCAGUGUCUUCUUCCACAGACUGGCAGGCGGCCUUUGGCUUCGGCUCGUCCAGCAAACAGCAGGACGACGAUCUGGGCUUCGAUCCUUUCGACGUCACCCGCAAAGCCUUGGCCGACCUGAUAGAGAAGGAGCUGUCGGUGCAGGAUCAGAGCCCCUCGUCCCCAGGGCCAUUCGCUCAUGGGAGCAGCCACGGGCCCAGCCUGCUGCCCCCUAACCCCAGCGCCUCUCACCACUUCCCCAGCGGCCUGCCACGCCUCCCCCAGCUCCAUCACAGAGCCAUCUACAGCUCCUUCAGUUUCCCCGGCAGUCAGAACAGCCAGGCCAGUCAGCAGCAGCAGCCAGCCGCCAGACACCCCUGGAUGGGCGUCCCCACACGGAAUAACCUCACACACUUGAACCACUCAGCCAGUGCUGCCUCACACAGUAAUUUCCUGGACCUGAAUCUGCCUCCUCAGCACAACACAGGGCUGGGAGGGAUCCCCAUCUCAGAAAACAGUGGCUCUAUAGACGGCUUAAAUGUGAAAGAGUGGCAGGACGGCCUGCGAGCUCUCCUGCCCAACAUCAAUAUCAACUUCGGGGGUCUCCCAAAUUCCUCUUCCUCUUCAUCCUCCUCAUCCUCCAACAGUGUUAACCACAUUGGUGGGCCGGCGGGGCCAGCGGGCAUCUCACACAGCCUGAGCUGGGACGGCACAGCCAGUUGGAUGGACCCUGCUAUCAUCACAGGUAGAAUCCCGGCCACAGCAGGGAACAGUUUAGACUGUCUCCAGGACGACAACCCGCCACACUGGCUCAAGUCCCUGCAGGCGCUCACAGAGAUGGACGGCCCAGUCGGCUCAGCGGUGCCCACUCCCCAGCCCCUUCACACCGGCCUCCUCGACGGCCACCUCCCCCUCCACCACAGAGCCGCCGGCGGCUGGGCUCCCUACAUGCCCCCUCCCACAGCCAACCCCGCCAGCCAGUUCCACUCCCCUCCACCCGGCUUCCAGACCGCCUUCAGACCCCCGGGACAGCCCGCCACAGAGCUGCUACAGAGUGCCGCUGUGGACCGCCACUGAACACAGACUACAGCAGACACCCCAUCCAUUCCCCCACUACCACUUUAUACCCACUCAUCCUGUACCCUGCUCCCGCCCCCUCCCUCCCAAUGCAAUACACACCAAUCUGCAGAGUAUGAAAAAUUAUUAACGAAGUAACAAACAUGCUUUCUUCUUUUUCUCUUCCUCCUUCCUUUUUGUCUAUUCUGAAGGCUGAUUUGUUUUUGUUUUUUGUUUGUGGUACACGAGUUAUCAUUACCCUGUCUGCUGCCAUCACCACUCCUUACAUCCAGUUCUGGGCGUAACAUGAAAUUCAUCGUGUAGCUCGCUGUUAACAGAGAGCACAAGAGCUCAACGGUAUCGCAUCGAGCGCCCAGUGGUGACACGAGAUUUAACUCCACAAACCGGCGAAAAAGAAACAAAUUAGCUGAAGUGAGGUCUUUUUUUAAAUAUAAAAAAAAAAGUAACUGAUUACUCAUGAACAACAUUUGUGUUUUUUGAAAGUUGAAGUCUUGAUAAAGUAAAGAAUGAAGCAAGCUGUGAAUCUGCUCUUGAAGCUUUGCCCCAAAGACCCUCAUCCUCCCCACUCUAACAGGAGACUGUGAAACGGUUAACCCUUACAGCGAAGUCGUGAAUUAGGCGAGAGGAGAGAGAGAGGGUUGGUACAUAGCUUUUCAACUUUUUUUUUUUUUUUUUUUUUGCGUGGUUUUAGGGGAAAAAAAGAAGCUGAGAUUUGGUUUAGUCGAGAGUGAAUGAUGCAGAUGACGCAGAUGACGCAGGGGGAGUUGAGGGCACAGGCUAUGCAUGGGCUCCCUGUUAGGUAGGGACACAGAUGGCCUGCUUGAGAGGCCACUUGGCCCAUAUUCCCUUUAGUAGAGGGGGCUCCUACUGGCCCUGUUUUGCUGGAGGGAAAGUUUUGCUGAACCUCUGUAUCAGAGGAUAGAGCACUGCCUAACCGCAGGGAGCCAGGGCUUUUUUUCUUUCUUUUUUUGGGGGGAGAUCGUGGCACACAUCCUGAGCACUAGGGUUAGACUCUUACUCACAGUGCCACUGUGUGGUACCUACAGUAGCUAGCCCUAACAUGGACAGCCACUGAGUAGAUAGGACAAGGAUGAAUGAGGAAAUAAUCUUAAUGACAGGGUUAACAGGUCCCUCUUUGUUUGACCCACGAGGGCUUAAACGAGGCCUUAAAAGCGGACAGAUGAGAGAAAGGAGCUCAAAUGAUUGGAGCGGGGGGGCGGGGGGGGGAGGCUAGCGUCAAUGAUUUGCUGAAGAAUAUGCAAUAUUGUAUGUGAUUUCGGCAACUGUAUGUGAGUGUGUGUCACAAAGGGAGGUGCUGCAAGACAAAAAAAACAAGUACUGUAGUUGUGAUUUAAGGAGCUCUCAGCCUUGAGGAUUUAAGAUCGACCUCUCCAACCACCGCCUUUUUUUUCUUUUUUGAAGUCUUAAUUCUGAUCCGUGUUCGCUCUCUCUCUCUUUCUCCAUCUCUUACCCACCACCCCGCCAAACCCACCCCCCACCCGACCCGCCUGAUGUUCCCUAUUUAACAGUAUUGACAAAAAUGAACAAACUCAUCCUGGAGAAACCAACGCCGAGUCAUACAAUGGGUUUUAAACGUGAUGUUGCGAGAAAAAAAAAACAAAAAAACAAAAAUCGAGGCGCUUAAAGGACGUGAACUUGUCCUCUGCAGGUCUGGAAAAAUGAACCUUAAAUAAAACUGAAAACUCAGA